UCCAGUCAGCUGUGGUCCUUGUCUUUUUUUUUAAUACAGUAAUCAAACUCCGAAUCGAAUCGAAAAUCAACUGAAUUCAACAAAUGAAGAUUCUUUCCAUAUAACAUAACAAUAAACUUUGAAAAAUAAUUUCCAAAUUCCCCAUAACGAGAGAAAAAAAGGGCAAAUUAGGAUGAAAAUGGAGGAGGUGCUAAGUAUCACUUAGAAAGGGUUCAAGGGACGUAUUGGGGGCGUUUCUUUGACACUCGGUUCGUUUGUGUACAACACUCGUCAAAAAUGUAUCAUAAUCUCUUAUUCGUUAAUCGACAAGUUUCGCUCGGCGACUAGUUCCGUUCUCUUGGUAUAGUGUAAACUGAUAUAAUCAUUUCGUUAUUUUCUUUACCUAUUUUAUAAUAUUAUCGACGUGAAAAGUGCGUUAAUUAAUUUAUCAAUUGAUUAAAUUAUUUGUUCGAGGCGUAUGUACCUAUUAUGGCCAGUGAUUAUUGCGGUGCUAGAAUCAUAAAAAGGGAAAAUUGGUACGCUGAAGAUUCGUUCUAUGACGAUGGGAUGUUCUCUCCUGAGUUUUUGAAUACAGGUAUACCGACUUUGAAAUACUCGGACUCUUCUUCGUGCCUGACUCCAGACUCGAUGCACGAAAAAUCACUCUACGUAUCUCCGAACGAUAAAUGCUCAAACCGGAUAGGCAAACUAGGCGACGAAUCGGUCGACUGUUCCAACCUAUCGUUCUACAACUCGCCAGCUGCGCCUUCGAAUUACAUCGCCUAUCCACCUCAAUACGUAUCCGGCGACGAAAAUAUUCCAAUUUCGAAUCCAAAUACGAAAUACGACUGUAAUUUGAACUCGGUCGGUGGAUAUGGAUCAGCCCCAGAAUCAGCUACAGGCAUUUAUAAUAUGCAGCAUACCACCAAUGGAGGAGGCGGCCCGAGUGAAUUUUACUACAACGAUCAUCGUAUUUGUGAUCAAGAAAGCUAUAUUUCCAGUCAGCACAAGAGAAUAUUAUCUCCAACGACAGCCGGUGCGGUUGCUCUAACAACUACCACUAUAGUUCCAGUCAAAAAACGUAAUACGGCCAAUAAAAAAGAACGAAGGCGUACUCAGAGUAUCAAUACAGCUUUCGCAGAAUUGAGAGAUCGUAUUCCGAAUGUACCCUCUGAUACGAAGUUGUCAAAAAUCAAAACUCUCAGAUUGGCUACGUCGUAUAUCAGCUAUCUUCUGGAUGUGCUGAGCAGUAAUGAUCCUAUCGAAUCUUUCAAAGCUGAUUUGUCUAAUCAUAGUGCCCGCAAAAGCGCUAAUCUGUCUGCUUACUGUACGAACGGUGCUAAAUUAUCUCAAAUUCAACAUCGAUUGAAUAAAGUCAAUCCGAGCAAUCCGCAAAAUUCACCAGUGCGUCGAGAGGAAAAUAGCUGUAAGAAAAGCAAAGGAAGAACAGGUUGGCCUCAGCACGAAUGGGCUUUACAAUUGAAACAAGAACAGCUAUCGUGACGUGCCUUUGGAUUUUUCUUCAUAGGCCUUAUUUUAAUUUUAGGUAUUAUUUUUUCCAUCUUUAUUUGAAAUUUAUAUUUUGUUGUUGUUUUGUUAUUUCUUUUUGUUGUUUUUAUUUUUUUUUUGCUAUUUUGUUUUUCGUUUUUGGUUUUCGUUGACGCGUAAUAAAUAUGCAUGUAUAAUAAAUCUAUAAGCUUUUUGUGUACAAUACAAUACCUAUUUAUACCGGAA